CGGAAGUGAGAGGGAGAGGAGAGGCACGUGGGUGGAGCUGGAGCGCAGCUCGCAUGGGGGAGUCUAUCCCGCUGGCCGCCCCGGUCCCGGUGGAACAGGCGGUGCUGGAGACGUUCUUCUCUCACCUGGGCAUCUUCUCUUACGACAAGGCCAAGGACAAUGUGGAGAAGGAACGAGAGGCCAACAAGAGCGCGGGGGGCAGCUGGCUGUCGCUGCUGGCGGCCUUGGCCCACCUGGCCGCGGCCGAGAAGGUCUAUCACAGCCUCACCUACCUGGGGCAGAAACUAGGGGGCCAGUCUUUCUUCAGCAGGAAAGAUUCCAUCCGCACCAUCUAUACUUCCUUGCAUAACGAGCUGAAAAAGGUAGCAAGUGGCCGCAGUGCCCUUGGAGGGACCGUACCUCAUGUGGAAGAGCUCCUUUCCCACCUGUCAGAGCAACUCUGCUUCUUCGUUCAGGCUCGGAUGGAGAUCGCAGACUUCUAUGAGAAGAUGUACACCCUCAGCACCCAGAAGUUCAUCAAUGCCGAGGAGCUUGUUGGCCUUUUGGACACCAUCCUCAAGAAGUACAGCUCCAGAUUUCACCACCCCAUCCUCAGUCCCCUGGAAAGCAGUUUCCAGCUGGAAGUCGAUGUCCUGAGUCAUCUACUGAAGGCCCAGGCUCAGGUCUCUGAGUGGAAGUUUCUCCCGUCUCUGGUUAACUUACACAGCGCUCACACCAAGCUCCAGACCUGGGGCCAGAUCUUUGAAAAGCAACGGGAGACCAAGAAACAUCUGUUUGGAGGGCAGUCUCAGAAGGCCGUUCAGCCCCCACACCUUUUCCUUUGGCUAAUGAAACUCAAAAACAUGCUUCUUGCCAAAUUUAGCUUUUACUUUCACGAGGCACUGAGCCGACAGACGACUGCUUCGGAAAUGAAAACACUGACUGCAAAAGCCAACCCAGACCUCUUUGGAAAGAUUUCCAGCUUCAUCAGGAAAUACGAUGCUGCCAACGUGUCCUUAAUCUUUGACAACCGAGGUUCCGAGAGCUUUCAGGGUCACGGCUAUCACCACCCCCAUUCCUACAGAGAGGCCCCAAAGGGUGUGGAUCAGUAUCCGGCCGUGGUGUCUCUGCCCAGCGACAGGCCUGUCAUGCACUGGCCCAACGUCAUCAUGAUCAUGACAGACCGCACGUCCGACCUGAACAGCUUGGAGAAAGUGGUCCACUUCUAUGACGACAAAGUUCAGAGCACCUACUUCCUCACCCGCCCAGAGCCUCACUUUACCAUUGUUGUCAUUUUUGAGUCAAAGAAAUCCGAAAGAGACUCCCACUUUAUUUCCUUCCUUAACGAGAUCUCGCUUGCCCUUAAGAACCCCAAGGUUUUUGCAAGUCUGAAACCUGGAUCCAAAGGUUAGCAGGUGAUAUGUGUGAAAGGUUUUCAAGGCUGGACAUUGUGUUCUUAAUUGCUCUAACAAUCCACAGUGGUCUGUGAUUAGAGUUUUCGUGCAUUCGUGCUUCUUUCAGAGCUAAAGACAGAUUCUCCCUAAUUGUAUCACACACUCGUAAGCAAUUAAAGCCAACUGCAUUACAUAUCCAAAGAGUAACCUAGGAAGGGAUCAUGGUUCCUGUCUCCGUGGUACAGCAAGGUACUCUCAGUGUUUUCUCCUCUUUUCCUGUAUUUCAUGUAGACUGAAUAUUUAUUGGCUUUUGAUUUUCCUUUCUGGAUAUUUUAUGUUGUUGUAAACAUUGUGUUCCGAUGCAACUCCAAACGCUGUCUCCUUCCCCCCCUUCCUUGGUGAGUGAUUGGGGUACGAUAUUAAAUGGCUUUUUUACUAUUAGCAAAUUAUAGUGAAAUUUUAAGUUUUACGAUUCUGAUCAACAAACUCAUUUUUUUGAUGCCAAAAUUAGGGUCUCGGUGAGAAAUUUCUGUCAGUUACUGGAAUCGAAGGUGAAUCAGAGUGGUUGCGUAUUGUCAGGUUUUAACAGUUCUGAGGAGCUUCACGGCAACUCUAAUAGCCAUAGGUUAUUUUGGGGGGGUGACCUACACACCUAACUGCGUUUGUUUUCACCUUCGUAAAGUCUGAAUUUUUCAAGCUCGAGGGGGAGCGGGGUGGGCGGCCGGCCUGCCGAGCAACCAGCCGGAGCGCCGGGCGAGCGCGGCGGGCAGGGGGUCGGGUUGCGGAACGCGGCGCGGGAGGCAGGCCCCUCGCCCCGCCGCAGCCUCCCUCCAAGAAAGAAUUUUUUAAAAGUUUGAAUUUUUCGCUCUGUUUUCAAGUCAGCAUAAGCCAUUAAGUGGGGUUUCUUCGUUGUUCAGCAUAGUAUCUGCUUGGCUCUCUUGUUUAUCACCUUUCUGCUGAAAUGUAGGUUCCCGUUUGGUUCCACCCCCUGGUUAUUUUUAGGCUGAAAAAGCACGCCGCAGUCUUGGUUUUUCAGCUACUUUUACGCGUAAAUUCACGCGACUUAGCCUACUUUUACAAAAUCACAGUGGAGGUCUUGAUACCUUUUACUUGCUAAAAACCAGCUGUGCGUUGAAAAGAACGCCCUUCCUAGUUGAGUAAUGAAUUCCAUAGUUAAGCACACCUGAACUUGGGUUUCAUGCCUGGCUCCCCCAGAUUAUUUUUAGAAGCGGUGAUGCAUCUUAACACAUGCUGCUUUAACACCUUCCUUCAGUAGGUGUUUGUGGGGAAGGAGGUGGAUCAGUGAAGGCAAAACGGGCCGUGGAGACCUUCCCUUCUCGGUUAUUGCUUUGGAAUAAAAAUAAGCCACAAAAGGUAAUUGAGUUGUUACUAUUUGGUAGUUUCUUCAAAACUUGUAUGCAGUGUCGUGAUCAGCUCAGUCCUGUUUCUGGUGACUACAGGGGGCAGCCGCAGCCGGCAGGGACCAGGGCGCCCCUGUGAGUCCAUGCAGGGGGCCUGCCCACCUCAAACCCGACUCCCCCGUAGGAGAACCCACUGGCCUGUUAUUUUCUGGGGAGAGCAUGUUUUCUUUUCUUUCUUUCUUUUCUUUCUUUCUUUUUUUAAAUAAAAGUCAAAUGAUUUGUAAAAAGCCGGUUUGCUUUAGACAGAAAGUAGUGAUUUACCUCUGCAUUUUAUGUACUCAGGUUCUAUAAAAUGUGGACACAUUUUACAACAUUGAGCUGACAGAAAAAAAUGAAAACAAUUGGAACUAAAGCCACAUCAUUUCCCCUCGCUUUUGUGUUUUGCCAAGAAGCUGAAAAAUAUUCCUUUGGUGUUCAUGUAUUUUUUUUUUCCUAGAGAAAACCACCAUUAGCCUUAAUGAUACAGUCUCCCAUGUACCUAAAAGAAAUAUGCCUCAGUGGAACAUGGAAGAGAGUGUAAAUAAAACAUUUAUACAGUAUUUAAAUAACUAGUCCUUGCCUAGAACAUAUUUGAAUUGUAUAUUUAUUUUUAAACAUAUUUUCGUUCAAGCCGAGAAACAAAGUCAUUUUACCCUAAGGUUUGUCGUCUAAAAUCAGUAACAAAAUGAUCUAUAGAGUCUGAGUUUUGCUAAUUGGAAGAGUCAGUCCCCAUAUUUUCUGCAGACUGCUUGCUUUGAAGUUUGUUUCUAAACCACAGCUUAAUCAGUUAUUAUGGGUAACCAGGAAUGUGGUCAACACUUAGUUUGCCAACAGCUCUCUCAAGGAGUGUUCACUUUAGGCUGUUCGGACACAGGGUGAACGUUUACGACUUUGUCCUCUGGGGAACAGCCUGGUAUCUGACUAUGGCACUUUUGGUAUGUGUGUGACAGUAAAGCUGAAUUCUUAACUGAGGAGCUAAUGCCCCUUGUACGAUUGCUUUGUGUGUUUGGAAAUACUGGAGAAAAUUUACUUUGAAGAAACAAAAUUGUUAGCAUUUCACUGCACUCCCAGCAGAGUCACCCAGGGGAAUAAUCUAAAUAAGUUCACCCUUUGACCCAGCAGCAAAUUUGCAGUUGUUUGGCAGGUGAGCCUCUGCGCUUGAUUUCCCUGUCUGUAAAAUGGGGUUAAGGCAACGCGGGCUGCCUUUUUCAAAGGACGUGUAAGAAUGGAGUGAGAUCACACAUGUAAAAAAGGCUUUGCAAGCUUGCCUGAGUUUGAACGCCGUGUAAAUAAACGAUGGACCACUCUUUCUUUAAACUUAA